UUUCCAGACGAUGUCAUCUAAUGACUUGGCGUACUCGCUCUUCGGUGGUCCUUUGAUUCUAGAUGUUGGGCCGACCGUGAAUGGCGAGAUCAUACGCGUCCGUGUCCAGCCCAUUAACACCAUCAGUGUCACUGCCCUUGUCAUCAGCCUUCUCUUGUUCAUCGCGUUCAUGUGUUUCUACCUGUAUCCUAUCUUUCGCGAAAGACAGGCUCGCCAAGCCAGCAAGUUGGAAAGCCAAAAUCCAGACGCCGAAAAGUUACUACCACAACCAGAUGAAGAAGACGACAAGGGAAAUCUACUCUCUUGGCUGCACUUUCGUUCUCGGGACAGAUUCUCGACGCACAACGCAAGUAGUACAAGCCUCCCCAGACUUGGAAAGCAGAACUCCUGCGUCUUCUCUCGUGGAUCUCUUAUUCCGGAUCUCUCUGCUUCUCCGGUCACGCCGCCACCGCCGAUUUACACUUCAAGACCCAACAGUCCUCUCGCCGAGUACCACUUUCCCGCAUCUUACAUACCCGCUCUGUCAACAUCACAGCGCUCCCCGUCGUCUCUUCGCUUCCAGAUCGAUGCGCCGGAAUCUCUCUCUCGGAUUCGCGCCCCUCCGCCCAUCCUCGUUCGCAGCCGCAGUGACAGUCUGUUGCCUGUUCUGUCAACCAAAGUCGCGGCGCGCCCGUUUCCUGGGACGCGAUCCGUCUCUGCCAACACUCUGCACCCGUCUGCUGCUCAAAUUCACGUUCCGUCUCGCGCGUAUCAUUUCUCUGCAACUCCUGUGCCUGCGCCUGUGAAUACUGCAGAAAGCAAUGUCCGCCAUAUGGCUCGUCGCAAGUCGGGCGCGGGGUUCGCAUUCGAGGGAGGCAUCAGUUUAGCGUCUCGCGGCAGAAUGCUCACUUGCGGUCCUGCUGCCAAUUGGAAAGAAACUGCUGUUCCCUAGGGUUGCCGUUUUAAGUGGUUCGCAUAUGAUCGGGUUCUGUGUAUAUACUCGAG